AUUUCAUAUCAUGACAUUUUGUUAAGUCAUUCAACUUUGGUCAGAUUUACUCUCAAGUGUUUUUUUUUCCUAAAAAUGUUUCUGACCAAAGUUUGACAAUGGUUAAAAAGUAUUAUUAGAAUUGAAAUUUAUACAUAUUUAUGAAAGAAAAACCAGCUGUGACCAAAGUUUGACAAUGGUUAAAAAGUAUUAUUAGAAUUGAAAUUUAUACAUAUUUAUGAAAGAAAAACCAGCUGUCCCCAAGUUGCAGGGGUACUAUAUAGUGCAUUUCACCUUUCAUGUCACUGUGUGGUCUAUGAAGCUUACUGCUUGAUUUGCUAAGAAAUUACUAAAAGCUAGCAGAAGUAACCAUAUUCCUUAGAAUAAUUUAGAAAUGGUCAAUAGUCAUCUCUUUCAUCUUCAUGGCAUAGCUCACUCCUGAUAUUUUCUAAGUCAACCAAGUGUGGGGCAAUGUUAGGAUUUAGUUGUGAGCAAUUUAAUAAAUCAUGUUAAAUAUAAAUAAUUUGAUAUUGUUAUAACACCUCCCUCACAUAUUUACGAUGAUUGGUUGAAUCUGAUAUUGCUUUGGAAGCUGAGAUUGUGUGCAGAAAUGAUUGAAAUCCUGCUUUUCAGAUAUUUGGAUCUUAGGAGUGUAGAACACUAGAACUAAAUAGGGUUUAUUUGAUGAGAGAAAGUUAUAAACAAGUCACUAGCCACACAACGAGGGAUUUGAAUUGUUAUGCCACUGAGUUAUAAAGCUUUUGGCAACCAUUACACUAUUAAAGGGUCAACAAAAGACAUUAUAAAUUCAUAUGUAUUGGUUGUGCAAAUUUGCAAUACAGUUUACCUUGUCCUCUACCUUGUACUUCAGCCUUAAAUUCCAGAUAGAGUGUACAUUGAUCUCAUAUGCUAGGUUGAGAAUUCAGAUAGUCUACUAAACCUUAAAGUUAAUGACCCGGGUGGCUUUUCCCUAUUUGUCCCUAGCUCCUAGCCCCACAACCACAACCUCUCUCUCUCUAACAAAAUAUGGUUUUUUCCUCUCACAUACUUCCUGUCUUCUUCUUCUUCUUCUUCUUUUUUAUAAAAUCCUUAUAAAAGAAAAAUUGCAAGUAAAAUUGGCAGUGAGUGAAGUGUGAAGAUUGGGGGAAGGACAGAGAGAAAGGGAAAUGGAAAAAGACGGAGAGGUUGUGUGCGUGACCGGAGGUAGCGGGUGCAUUGGAUCCUGGCUCGUCCGUGAACUCCUCCAUCGUGGCUACAAUGUCCAUGCCACCAUCCAAGAUCUCAAGGAUGAGAAUGAAACGAAGCAUUUAGAAGGUCUAGAAGGAGCCGAAACUCGUCUCCGUCUCUUCCAGAUUGAUCUCCUUGACUACCCCUCCAUUCUCCGCGUUGUUAAUGGCUGUGCCGGUGUCUUCCACCUCGCCUCUCCCUGCAUCGUCGAUCAAGUCCAAGAUCCCCACAUUAAAACGACAGCGCAGUUAGAUGCAGCUCUUUCAUUUUUUGGAACUACUGCUUCGGAGGAUUUUAAGUUGAAUGAAUUUGAAGAAGCCUGUGGUGUUGGUGUUGAGGUUUCAGUCGAAGAAAUUGAACAAGAUGUAAAUGAGGUUUUUGAAGAGAAUAAGAAUGUGAUUUUGGAGCAACGCUAUUGAACAAAUGUGGGUGAAUUGUUAGGGCACGUUCGGAGGCGGCACCCAUGGGGUGAUCCAAAAAUUGUGAAGGUUUGUCUGGACAUUAGAACAAUAAAACUGUCCGCCAAUCGGGUAGCUUUUUGUUGUACUUUUUUUAAAAAUGUUUUGCGUUUAAUUAUAUCGGUUGACUCAUCAAUCUCUCCUUCUCUCUCUCUAAAUAUAGACACACAUGUAAUCCCAAAUUGAACUGCUUUUGGGGUACAUGGCUUUGUACUUGUGCAGAGAAUGUACCAUCGUUUUGGAAAUUUUAUGUGUUUUGUUUCCUGGAAAUUGUUAUAGAACAUUUUUACAUUGUUUGUACAUUAAUCUUGUUAAAUUUGUGAUGCAAUCCAUCUAGAUAGUUAGCACAUAUUUCAUUUGACUUGACUCCAUAUUAUGUAUAGUAAUGAUGCAGUAGCCUGAUGUAUUAACAUUACUCAUUAGCUUAUAGCAGCAGCAGUAGUUAGAAGAAUAAUCUAGUAGUUUUAGUGUAAAAUUGUAAUAAGUAACUUUAAGUAACAGCUAGAGCUUUUGUAACUCAAUUAGUUAGCAACCAAGGCUGUUAGCUAGAAGUUAGUAAUUCUGUUAGCAGUUUGUAUAGCUGGCAUUAGGCCCUAUGCUGAGUAUGUUAAAUUCCUUAGAAGUUAGUACUUAAGCAUGGCAUGUAUAAAUAUCCCUAAGAUGUACAAGUUAUUCAGUUUUGAAUGCAAUUACAUAGAUUAGCCUAGUGCUAUUAUGAAGAGAUGUAUUAUGUUGCAUUUUUGUUCAUUGUUGUGCUCCUAAUGUCUUAGUGGAGCUAAAAUUAUUACAGGUUAUUUGUAAUAGAAAUGUGGUUUUAGGACCCAGGAGGAAAAAAAAAAAAAAAAA